CGGACGCACCCCCGGGAGACGGGAGGGACGGGGGAGGGCAGUCCCUCUCCAACAGGGGCUGUGACCGGUUGGGGUUGUUUUCUUCCUCCUCCUCCGUAAACUUUAUUUUAUUUUUUAUUAUUAUUAUUUUUUUUUUUAUUACUUUUCUUUUCCUGGGAUUUCCCUGGAUGGUCUGAGCGCAGCUUCAUGCCCCCCAGGCCGUGCCCGGCUCCUCUCCCGGCCCGCUGCCAUGUCCCUCUGAGGGAGCCCCUUGGCGCCGUCGGGGCGCAGCCGGCCGGGUCCUGAGCAGCCGCCGAGGACGGAACAUGUAUCAGGGUCUGGCCCUCGCCCCCAACCAUGGCCAGUCGGCUUAUUCCCACGACUCCAGCAACUUCCUCCACUCGUCGGCCGGCUCGCCCGUCUACGUCCCCACCACCCGGGUCCCCUCCGUCCUCCAGACGCUGCCUUACCUGCAAAGCUGCGAGCCGCACCAGAGCCACCUCGGCAACCCCCCGGGCUGGGGGCAAAGCAGCGGCGAGGCUGCGGCUUUUAACGCCGGCAGCCCCCAUCCGCCGUCGGGGUUCUCCUACCCCCACAGCCCCCCGGGCAGCAGCCCCCCGGGCCGCGACGGCGCCUACCAGGGGCCCCUGCUGCUGGGCGGCGGGGGCCGGGAGCAGUACGGCAACGCCUUGGUGCGCUCCGUUAACGGGUCCUACUCCAGCCCCUACCCCGCCUACGUGACCCCCGAGAUACCGCCUUCCUGGACGGCCGGACACUUUGAGAGCAGCGUGCUGCACAGCCUGCAGACGAGGCAGGCGGCUUUACCCGGCCGCAGGUCCACCUUCGAGUACCUGGAGGAGUUCCCCGGGGAUGGCCGGGAGUGCGUUAACUGCGGGGCCAUGUCCACACCGCUCUGGAGGAAGGAUGGCACCGGGCACUACCUGUGCAACGCUUGCGGGCUCUACCACAAGAUGAACGGCAUCAACCGGCCGCUCAAGCCGCAGAAGAGGCUGUCUUCAUCUAGACGUGCUGGGCUAUGUUGCACUAACUGCCACACAACCAAUACCACUCUCUGGAGAAGGAAUGCUGAAGGGGAGCCCGUCUGCAACGCCUGUGGGUUGUACAUGAAGCUCCAUGGGGUACCACGACCUCUGGCCAUGAAAAAGGAAAGCAUCCAGACGAGGAAAAGGAAGCCUAAAAAUAUUACCAAAGGCAAAACCUCAACAGGAUCUACAACUUCGGCCACUAAUUCUCCUUCUUCCAUUACCAACUCAGACAGCACGGUCACUUUAAAGACAGAGCCUAGCGCAACCUCGCAGUAUCCUGGACAAACCAUUGUGUCGGUGUCCCAGGCACAGAGCCAGUCGGAUGAGGUGCUGGCCAGCAGCCACGGCGAGUUCAAAUUUGAACCCGAGGACUACACCUUCUCCCCCAGCACCAUGGCCCCGCAGCCUGGGCUGAGCGUGCCGCUCCGGCAGGACUCCUGGUGCGCCCUGGCGCUUGCCUAGAAACCCUUUUCCUCCAGUGAGAAGCCUCGGGACCAACGUUUUUGGCUGGCCCUGCGAACGGCCGAGGGGCAGGAGGACGGGCUGCCCAGCGCUUUGGGACGGCAGGAUGUCGAGUCACGGUCAGAAGACAGGUUUCUCUUGGAGGAUGCGCAUGGAAAAUGCUGUCUGGCUGGGGCUGGGAUGGCCCCACUGUGACACCAGCUCCCCAGAAAGCUCAUCCUUGGCUGGAGUGACCCAGGGUUGCCUCCUUGAGGCUGGAGCUCCGGGGCCACUUCCAUUUUCCCGGGGAAAGCCUUCCUCCUUUGAGAUGAAACCAGCAAAUAAAUGCAUCCCAGAAUCUAUGUUUAUCCGCAGUGAUUUCUCCCUCCUAUGACUCCUCUGUGUGCAAUUUAUUCCACUUUCCAAUAAAGACUGUAAGAACAUGACACCAAAUAACUUAAUUUUAUUAAAAUGCAAACUGUGUGGCCUCGCUUAUGUUUUAUUGGCCACAAUAGGAAGAAAAGAGGGGGAAAAAAAGCAACGGUGGUUUUAAACAUUUACUGUUUUAUAUUAAAAAUGAUCAUCUCUAUAGAGCGUUAGCUUCUGAAGCAUUUAGUGUAUCAACACUGAGCCCAUGAGUCAUCCACGGAAUAAACACACUGCUCCUUACAGAUCCAAAGAUUUUUUUUUAUUAUUAUUAUUUUAGGCAAAUCAC